AUGUCAUCCACGCCUUCAAUCCAGGAAAAAGGCCUUCAUAUAGGAACACAACCAGGAGAACCCGAGAAACUCGAAGGCAUCACCGAGGACUUUGAGGUCUUCAAGCAGACCGAAGAUGGGGUCAACUUCCGAACCGUAGGAUGGCCAAUGGCUACCGUCAUCUUCCUCAAGACUAUCUUCGCUCUCGGUGUUCUAUCUAUCCCGGCAGCAAUGUACACAUUAGGUGCCGUCGGAGGUUCGCUAAGUGUCGUUGGUUGGCAAGCUCUCAAUACCUACACGGCAGUACUACAAGGAGACUUCCGAAACAACCACCCAAGAUGUCACAGUAUCGCAGACAUGGCAGGAGUCGUCGGAGGACCGAUCAUGAAGGAAUUGACGGGUGCACUGUUCAUCAUCGCCUAUGUUAUCCUCACUGGCUCUGGUAUUGUGGGUGUGUCUAUUGGUAUCAAUGCCUUGUCCCACCACAGCGCUUGUACUGUCUGGUGGGCUGUCUUAGCCACUGUCUGCGUGGCUCUAGCAGCCUCAGUGCGCAAGUUCCACCAGAUAGGCUGGCUUACUUGGAUCGGAUUUGCCUCUAUCUUUAUCGCAGUCUUCAUCAUUGUCGUUGCAGUCACCACCCGCGACCGUCCUGCAGCUGCCCCUCAGACUGGCGACUACGAGUUCGGCUUCUAUGCGAUAGCCUAUCCUAGCUUUGCUGCUGGCAUGGUUGCUUCUUGCACGAUCUUUGUGUCUGGUGCUGGUACCAGUGCCAUGCUUCCCGUCAUCUCGGAGAUGAAGAACCCAAAAGACUACCGCAAAGCUCUAUUUAUCUGUAUGGCUAUCGUCACAGCUGCAUACCUCAGCUUCAGUCUUGUCGUCUACCGUUGGUGCGGCAAGUGGGUAGCUAGUCCUUCUCUAGGCGUAAGUUCUCUUGUCCAAAUAUUGUGUAAAGUCACUAACAGUUCUGGCAGNAGUGCUGGUCAAACCAUCAAGAUGAUCUGCUACGGUAUCGCUCUACCCAGUCUGGUCGUCAGCGCUUGUCUCUACCUCCACGUUGCCGCAAAAUACAUCUUCGUUCGUGUCCUUCGCGACUCACAACACCUUCAAUCUAAUACCAUCGUUCAUUGGGGCACCUGGUUGUCCUGCACCUUCGGACUCGCAAUCAUCUCCUUCGUCCUUGCAGAAGCAGUCCCCAUCUUCGAGUACCUGCUAUCUCUUGCCGGCAGUAUUUGCUUUGCUCCUCUUGCCAUCUCACUUCCUGCUUGGCUAUGGAUCUACGACCACUGGGAGCAUCGCAGGGGCAGUACGGGACAACAAAUCAUGUUCUGGAUGCAUGCACUAUUCAUCCCAUUGGGCAUGUUUAUCUGUGUUGGAGGCACUUAUGGUGUUGUAGUGCAGAUCAAGGAGGCAUAUGCUUCAGGGCAGAUCGGAUCUGCUUUUUCUUGUGCUGAUAACUCCAACUCUACUUGA